AGUAACGUUACGUGCCUGUGUAUCCCUGGACAACCUGGAGUUUUCAGGUAGCUUCAACAAGAAUAUCAGGUGUCAUUUCCUUGUGGCACAGCAGUGAGAACAGUACUUCAUUGGGGAUAGUCACACCUUAAUCUUAGAAGAGCACCAAUAACUAUAAUAUCAUGGGUGUAAAAGUAGUACUGAUUUUAACCCUCGGCGCAAUUGUGUCUGGGCAGCAGACAGUUUGGCCCAGGACUCAGGACGGCCCUGAAGUUCAAGUCCAAAACUAUCCGGACAAACUGAAAAAGGAUGAGGCAGAAGCCCGCCAGGUGGACCAACUCCGGGAGCACCUUGCUCAGCUGCAGGAAAAAAUUGACUUCCUUCAGACAAAUGGGACUAAACAGGACAUUUUCAUUGCUGAGAUGCAGGAGCAAGUCAGGAACCUGACGACAAAACUCUCGCUCUUGAAACAAGCCAGCUCUGUGACCUAUCCUGAGCCAAGUGAGAGGCUCACCUGUCCCAGUGGUUAUGAACAGUUCAAGAACUUGUGCUUCAAUUUCUCUUCUGACAUGAAGACAUACAGCGAGGCCAGGUCAACCUGUCAGGCUGCUGGUGGUCAUCUCGCUGUUCCUCGGGAAGAGGAAAUACAUGCCUUUGUGACAAGCUUUCUGUACACAAAGUACCUGUCCUCCAGUAGCUCUGAUCCACAGAUCUAUUUUGGGCUGACAGACCAGAAAGUUAAGGGGAUCUGGAUGUGGGAUGAUGGGUCAAAGCUCUCUGGGUGGUCCAACUGGUAUCCAGGGGAACCUCAUGAUCUAAGUGGUACUGAAAGGUGCGCUGAGUGGAGGCUAGCAAUAUUUGGGGAUUUCUGGAUUGAUGAUGAGUGCGAUCUCAAAAACUAUUAUGUGUGUGAAGUGUCUGCGACUGCUCCCUAGCCAGGACAUGCAAAGUGCACUGGUCAUGAA